CUGUUGAUACAACAGUGCACAAAAGUAUUUUCCGACCAUGUGGUAGAUUUGUCAACAAUGAUGUACCCUAUGUGGUUUUUCUGAGUUCGUUGUUUAUAAGAAAAAAAUUAUAAAACAUGCCAGAAGAUACUAGUUUAAUUUGUAUCUCGGAAGGUCUUGACAGUCACCCGAAAUGUCCUCAUGGUCCAACACUGCUAUUUGAGAGAACAUGUAUGAAUGAUACGGAAAAAUUUUAUGCCUGUUCCGCAUACCGUAAUCGAAAGCAGUGUCCUUUUUAUUUCAAAUAUGAUUCGAAGCCAACGAAACAGCAUCUGCGUACAUGGGAAAAAAUUAAAAAGAAGGUCUUACCUUGCUACUAUCAUCAAAAGCUAUAUAGUAAUUUUAAUGAGCUAUUGUUGAAGAGACCUGCAGAAAGGACAUAUUGUCAUAAGUGUGAAAAGUUCAUUUUCAUUUCUGAAGAAGAAAGACACAAAGAUCAUGAAAAGAGCACAAAUUUAACGGAUUAUUUAAUGCAUCAUCCUACGGAGAUCUUAAGACCGCUUGAAGAUACCAAGAAAGAAGCUCAAUAUUUGUUCUCUAAGAAGACGGUGGAAAAUGUUGCCAAUAUACUCUUAAAGUUAGGAGCAAAACAUGUCUUAUGCAUAGGAACCCCCAGAGUACACGAAUACAUUUCUGAGAAUCUACAAAAUGAAAUGUCUAGUCUUCUUUUGGAUAUAGAUGGCAGAUUUCAUAACUUUUUUGGUCCACUGAACUACUGCUGGUACAAUUUAUUUAAUCAUCAUUUCUUCCGUGAAGAAGCUGAAAUCGUAUUUCAGGAUUUUUUAACACAAAGUAAUGGUGAUAAUAUGUUCCUACUUUGUGAUCCACCAUUCGGUGGUCGAGUGGAGCCAAUAUCCCAAACUAUAAGGACUAUUUCCAACUUACAUAAGCAAUGGAACAAUAUUUGUAAUCCAAAUAAGCAACUGCACAUUAUGUUCUUCUUUCCAUAUUUUAUGGAGCCCAUAAUGCAAAUGAAAUCAAAUUCUCCAGGAAUAUCGGGAGGUUUAAAGGAAUUAAAAAUGACUGAUUAUAAAGUGCACUACGAUAAUCAUUCAUUAUUCACAAAGAAAAGAACGAAAAUGCAAGGUACGCCAGUUAGAAUUUUUACAAAUAUAUCUUUAAAUUCCUUUGAACUGCCAUCAUCCGAUGGAUAUAAAUACUGUAAAAGGUGUCAAAAAUGGCGGGCUCCUGAGAAUAAGCAUUGCAAGAAAUGCAAGCAGUGUACCACGAAAAAUGGAAAAACGUAUAAGCACUGCAACAUAUGUGAGCGUUGCGUUAAGCCCAACUGGCUACAUUGCAAGAAGUGCAAUAGAUGCGCGUUAGAAAAACAUGCAUGUGGUGAAUUUUCAAAGUUCACAGGCCGAUGCAAUAAAUGCAAUCUGUUAGGUCAUGGUGUAAGAAAUUGCACCAAUAAAGAUGAAGAAAUGUCAAAUUCAAUAGAGAAGAAGCAAACAAAGAAACGUAACAUCAAUGGUGUCGAUGCAUCAAAGUCAGCUAAAAGAAGAAAAGUCAGUUUAAAUAGAAAGGAUACAUCGGAAGAUACUCCCAUUGUUUCAAAUCGCAUUUCAAAGUGUACCACUUCAAACAUUGUGCAAUCGCUUGCAUUUAAGAGGAGAGAGAAGAGAUUUUCACAUUUGACUACUGGAAAAUUGAUUAAAAAAAAGAAGAGUGUAUCUUCUUUGAAAAAAUAAAUAGUUGAUUGGCUAUUAGGUAUGGUUCAUUAUAUUAAAAUAAUAUAAGAAGAAAAAUCAAUUGA